GGACCCGGGAGUGCUGGUGGCCGAGGACGGUGGGCCCCCAGGGCGGCCGUAGCAGGGCUUUGCAGAGCGCUCCUGUCCUCGAGAUGCCUUCUGCCCCGGGACCCCCUCCUCAUUCUGGCCGUGUUCACACCCACGCUGGAAGGGCGUAACCGUCCCCGCGGACGGCAGUUUGGGGGCUGGUGGGGUCGGGUGCGAGCUGGCACGCAGGCCUCACGGCUCCUCCUGUGUCCUCCGUGCCUUGCCAGGAUCGGAGCUCGCGGCUGGCGGAAACCUGCUCGCCCCAGGAUGAGUCUGCAAUGGACGGCAGUCGCCACCUUCCUCUACGCAGAGGUCUUCGCUGUGUUGCUCCUCUGCAUUCCCUUCAUUUCGCCCAGAAGAUGGCAUAAGAUUUUCAAGUCCCGCGUGGUGGAGCUGGUGGUGAGCUAUGGCAAUACCUUCUUUGUGGUUCUCAUCGUCAUCCUGGUGUUGCUGCUCCUUGAUGCGUACCGGGAGACCUGCAAGUACGACGACGUGACGGAGAAGGUGAACCUGCAGAACAACCCUGGCGCCAUGGAGCACUUCCACAUGAAGCUCUUCCGUGCGCAGAGGAACCUCUACAUCGCCGGCUUCUCCUUGCUGCUGUCCUUCCUGCUGAGACGCCUGGUGACUCUCAUCUCCCAGCAGGCCACACUGCUGGCCUCCAAUGAAGCCUUUAAGAAGCAGGCAGAGAGUGCCAGUGAGGCAGCCAAGAAGUACAUGGAGGAGAAUGACCAGCUCAAGAAGGGGACUACCGGGGACCAAGGCAAGCUGUCAGAGACCGGGGAUGCUGUGGCCAACAUGGCGGAGGAGAACAGGGGCCUGAGAGCAGACGUGAAGAAACUGAAGGACGAUCUGGCUGUCUCCAAGCAAAAACUCGAGAAAGCUGAGACCAAGGUGCUGGCCAUGCGGAAGCAGUCUGAGAACCUGACUCAGGAGUAUGACCGCCUGCUGAAGGAGUACGCCAGGCUGCAGGCUGCAGUAGAUGGCCCCACAGACAAGAAAGAUGAGUGACGAGUGACGCUGCCACCUCCCCUGCCUGUGGCUGGCUUCCGCCUGGCCUGCGCUUGCUGUUCCCAGGAGCCCAGCGUCUCCCUCUGGUACUUGCCCCACUCCUCCCCACAGCUCCAAGAGUCGUCUGGGUCCCCUCCACAGUUCCAGCCUGCCGGCACUCCGCAGGGCACCCAUCAGCCACUCGUGCGGGCUGCUUUCCCUCCAGGGUGGAUGGAGGGCCCCUGUCCCUGUCCCUCUUGUUUUGCCAUGUUGACACACCCUCUCCUCCUGCCUGCGCCCCCUGCGGCAGGCCUACGGGUCUCUCCUGCGGGCAAUAAAGGUUGUUGCUAUGA